AUUGCGUAACGUGUCUGAUGUCAGCUACAGUUUAAGUAAUUUAUAACUCCUCGGGUGUGUUCAAACCUGUAAUACUGACGGACGUUCACUCAUGUAGAGGCGGUGAUGCUACACACCGUUACGGACAUAUAGCUGUACUGUGUGCAUGUCGGAUGCGCCAUGUUUAGGAACGGCAUUAGAGUGGCGACAGCACUGGGGGUUACAAAUGUCUGCCUGCUUUCUGCUGCGGUCGCCAUCUUGGUAUUCUACACACGGACUGGGAGGAACAUCUCGACACGAACACCCUCUGACGUCAUUGAUGCACAGCUUCAUGCCCUGUUUGUGGAGACAGAUUCAGGCAGCAUCUAUCCGCGGGGGCUGGCGGCAUCUCCAGACGUGGAGGGCAGUUUAGGGGAGGCAGCUGCACAUCUGGUCAUUGAUCCCCGCACAAACUACACAGUACCUGGACCGACAGAUACAGAUCCUGUUUUGAACUGGAGAGACGACAUCAACAACACCUUCGUCGGCAACAACGUCGGACACGACGAUGGAAGCCUCACGGUGACGCACGGUGGCUACUACUUCAUCUACAGCCAGAUCCUGUACCGAGGUGAAGGGGUCAGGGAGCUGGCGUGUGGGCGGGUCCUGCAUACCGUGUUGAAACAGAGGAUGGCCGAGCUGGGUGAAGCUCCCACCCCACUGCUGAGGAACCUCCUGUCUACCCCUUCCAUCAGGAGGGGCCAUCUCACCUACUUGAGCAGUACCCUGGGGGCAACGUUCUAUCUUGACCCACACACCAGACUCACCGUGCAGUCAAGUGUCCCUGGAAACAUAGACACAUGGGGUUCUCCACUUUCUAACGUCUUUGGUCUGUUUCUCGUGUAGUUACAUCUACCACUACGCAUAUUGUACGAGUUAUUCGUUACCAAUUAUAAUAUAUGUGACCCACCAUGAGAUGAGGAAGGAACCGUAUGGUCUAAAAUAAGAAGGUUUUUUGUACAGUCCGCACACGUGGCGAAAUUUACGGAAGUAAGUUGACGUCAAACGUCUUGUUUUUCUUUUUGACUUCACAGUAGCACCCACAAGGACCCUUUUCUCUUGGCGGGUCACAUAUGUUUCCAAGGUUACCGACGAGUUAACAGCCCAUGUGAGGGACACAGACGUCUUACAACUAAUUGGGAUUUCACAAAACUGUAUCAGCAGUGUGAGGUAAACAAACAUGUGUAAUGAUUCUGGUUAUGUGGCGGUAUGUAUUGUAAAUUUGCUUCUGAUGAAUGUGAGUGGCAGCAACUCAAACACCUACAGAAUGCCGUCAGCUGUUGUGACGGCUUUUAUUAGUUGUAUGUCCACGGCAGCUAGUGAUAUAGAGUGACUUCCCUUAGUUGUGCAUUGACACCUUCGUUACCCUCCCAGUAUUUCUAAAGAGAUCUGCAGUGAGACGCUUGACGAUAAAAGAAAUUAAUAAUAAAAAAAGGUUGACGACCUUGUGCGAAAUACGCAUUAUGUCGGAAAGCGCACGUUAAAUCUCCAACAGUAAGGUAGCAGUUUCUAGCUAGAAGACUGCCUGUGCCUAUUUUUGAGAGAGAAGAGAGCGAUUCGCUGCCUCCAUUUACUACCUGACUAAUCUACUUGCACAGUGCGGACGGGUACGGGGUACCUGUCGGACACCAUCAACUGUUCUGCCUGUUUCCAUUCCCGUGCUCGUGGGUUUCACCGAAGUGGUAAACUUCUGAGACCUGCAUCACUUCGGGCUUUCCUUCCACAUUAAGCUGACACGCCGCGAUAUAACUGGAAUACUGACAAGCGGCGUUAAACCCAACUCCAGUCCAUCACUGUUUCCUGAUUUGAAGAACGGAGCACGCGCCACAUGGCCACUUUAGCGUUUGUGUAAUAUGGCCCUUUAUUGAUGCCAACGUAUUUGAGCCAUUGUGUUGCCUUUUAUGAGUGUAGACCUAAUCAUCUAUGUUUCCAAAUAAUUUGUUUGCUGUU